UUUUUCUAUUUCUACUCGUGAGGCGGUUUAAGCUUCAAACCCGAGAUCGAGUGAGAGAGAGAGAGAGAUUGUUUCUUCGCCUUGCAGCUUCUGCUCUGAUGGAGAAGAAAAAGAAUGAGAUGUUCCGUCUACUCUUGUUUUUCUUUCUUCUGAUUGGGAUUGAAGUGGUUCAGAGCUCAUCUCAUCAUCAUCACCACCACCGAAGCCAUGAUUAUUGUUGCAGCAAGCUUUUUGUAUUUGGAGACUCAUACGUUGACACUGGGAAUAGUCGGGUAUCCGUUUCCAGAGGGUGGCAUAAGCCGUAUGGGAUGACCUUUCCCGGUAAACCAGCAGGCCGUGCGUCUGACGGUCGGGUCUUCACCGAUUUUGUAGCUUCGUCAAUUGGAAUCAAGUCUCCAGUCCCUUACCAAUGGAUAAACCUGGGAAGGCCAGAACUAGUAAAAUAUGGAAUAAAUUUUGCUUAUGGAGGAACUGGGGUUUUUGAUACCCAAAGUAGUUAUCCAAACAUGACCGUGCAAAUCAGCUUCUUUCAACAACUCAUUCAGGAGGGUGUCUAUUCGAAGCUAGACCUCAACUCAUCCAUGGCUCUGGUGUCGGCUGCUGGCAAUGACUAUAGUGCCUAUCUUGCCAGAAAUAAUGGCACAUUGAAGGGUUUGCCCACUCUCAUUGAAUUGGUGGUUAAUCAACUGGCCUUGAACCUGAAACGAAUUUAUAGCCUUGGAGUGAAGAAAGUAGUAGUCAAUGGUCUCCAUCCACUUGGAUGUGUUCCUCUAAUUACAGCCUUAUCGUCAUACCAAAAGUGCGGCGAAAAUGAAAACACAUUGGUGAGAUUCCACAACCUCUCGCUGAAGCAAGCUGUGGAGAAAUUAAACAAUGAGACCAAUAGUUCUACAUUCAGAAUUCUUGAUCUCUACAGUGCAUUCAUGUCCAUUUUGAGUAAGAAAAGUAACACAGGAAGUCUGAAGUUCAGUAAUAGAUUAGAACCAUGUUGUGUGGGUAUAGAUUCCGCACACGCAUGUGGAAGCACAAAUGAGAAUGGUCUGAAUAUGUACAGAGUAUGUGACAACCCUGAGGCAGCUUUCUUUUGGGAUCUGGUGCACCCUACUCAGGAGGGUUGGUGUGCUGUUUAUUCAUCUUUGCAAGCUUCUUUAGAACAAAUUUACUAAUGAGUCUCAAUCAUCUCUCUACUAGUGAUAGUUGCAUGCAUGAGUACAACCUAAUUUCGUAUAUUUUUGUUCUUAUUUUUACAAAUGUAAUAGUUUUUUCGCUUUUGGUAUGUUGGUGUUCCAUCAAAUUAAACUGAACCCUCAUCAUAGAUUCAGCGACCUGUUUAUUCGGUUUUCCUCUCUUCAGAACUCCCAGUGGAUGAUGUAAUGGACACAGCCACUCCAUGUUUAUCCAUGAAUUGGCUUUUAGUAGUUUACUUUGCCAAUAAAACGAACUCGAAAUCUUUUAGCUCA